AUGUGCCUCCGCCGCCUCGCCAGGCCGGGGCAGGCGGGGAGAAGAUGGCGCUGUCCAGGGGGCUGCGGUGCUGCCAGCGGGUCUUCGGCUGGGUUCCUGUCGCCAUCAUCACCCUGGUGGUGCUCUGGUCCUACUACGCCUACGUCUUCGAGCUCUGCUUGGUGACUGUGACCAGUUCCAUAGAAAAAGUGGCCUACCUCACCAUAUUCCAUGUGAUCUUCCUGUUAUUUAUAUGGGCAUAUUGGAAGUCUAUAUUUACUCCUCCACAGCAACCGGACAAAAAGUUCCACAUGUCUUAUGCUGACAAGGAGCGCUACGAGAAUGAAGAGAGACCAGAGGGACAGAGGCAGAUCCUUGCCGAAAUGGCACGGAAAUUGCCAGUGUACACGAGAGCAGGGAAUGGAGCGAUUCGAUUCUGUGAUAGAUGCCAGCUCAUCAAACCUGACCGCUGCCAUCACUGUUCGGUUUGUGCCAUGUGUGUAUUAAAAAUGGAUCAUCAUUGCCCAUGGGUAAACAACUGCAUUGGAUUUUCUAACUACAAAUUCUUCCUGCUGUUUUUAGCAUAUUCUCUUUUGUACUGCUUGUACAUAGCUGCAACAGUCUUCAAAUAUUUCAUCAAGUAUUGGACAGAAGAGCUGACCAAUGGACGUGCCAAGUUCCAUAUCCUUUUCCUCCUUUUUGUGGCAAUCAUGUUUUUUGUUAGCCUCCUCUUCCUCUUUGGCUACCAUUGCUGGCUCGUCAGCCAAAACAGGUCUACGUUAGAGGCCUUUUCAGCUCCUGUGUUUCCUACUGGCCCUGAUAAAAACGGAUUUAAUCUUGGCAUUAAAAAAAAUCUUCAACAAGUGUUUGGAGAGAAAAAAAGACAUUGGUUCCUCCCUGUGGUAUCCAGUCAAGGCGAUGGACAUUUUUUCCCAACAAGAACUCUGAGUGAAGCAAGGAAUCCACUGCUAGCAAGUGAAGAGCAAUGGGAGGAAGAUGGAUUGGACGAUGAUAACCUCGAUUACAACCAAGGUUCUUCAAUUUCUGUGGAAAUGGAUACGUAGCAUUUUUGAAAGGCUGUUGGUACAAAACUCACACUCCCAGCUUCCUUCUAUGAUGGACAUUCAUGGGGAAGAAAAGGAAAGGAAGCACAUGGAUUACCUGCGGAAGGGUCAUAGUCUGGUGCCAAUCCUGGCUGUCUGAAAUGGUUCUUCAGGAUACUGAUCUGGUGUUGGCUCCAGGGGUUCCUACUGAUUAUUGACUCUUGAGCAAGGGCAGCUUUGGCAGAUUAAGGCCAUUCAAGACCUUUUACUUUUUUAUUUCUUACCCAGAAUAAGCGAGAACUCUUUGUGCAAAUGCAUUUCCAAAUGCCUUAAUGGCAGUUAUCUAAGACCCUGUAUUUCACAAUAUUUUUCAUCUUGCCAACUUACAAGAAUGGCUCUGUAACAAGGAGUAGAUGGCUGGUCAACUGGACUACUUGUACAAGUGCUUUCAAGCAGGAAUCAUGGUUGCCAAAUCAGGUCUUAUUGUUAGAAACCCUGGCAAGUAUGCACUGCACGUUUAAGGCUUUACGUAUCUUCUCCCUGCCCACAAUACCCCCUCCUACUUUUUAAAAGCCUUUUCUUUGAUUCUGCUAAGAACAUUGGUCCUUUUGGUCUAAGAAACACACCCUUUUUGGUGUGGUGUAAACAAAACAAAAAAAACCUUCAAGCACAAUCCCUGUUGCAGAUGUCUACCAUUUUAAAGGGACACUUUCUUUUCUAAAAUAUUGGGCAGGAUCCUGACAUGGAACACCUCCCUUUGGCCUGUACAACAGUGGCCCAGUACUCCUUGAAAUGGUCAGCCUGUGCCUGAACUGCACCACUUCGGACUGUAGGGGGAACCAACUCUGGUUCCUUCCAGAUCUUUUGGACCAUGACUCCCAUCAGUCGCAGCUAGCAUUGGCCAAUGAGUGUUGUAGUCCAAAACAUCUGGAGGAUCCCAGGUUGGCAAAGGCUUCUAAGUCUCUCUCCACAUAGAAAAGUGUCAUGCUGGGGAUCAGUUGUCUAGACUUCUUUAUGUAGAGGGAAACAUUUUUGCACAGAGAACCCUUCAAUCAUGUGAGCCUCCAGCAGGCACCACUCAGACACAAACCAACAUUGCUGACUUUUCAAUACUUAGUAGAAAGAAGGGGGAUGGGGAAUGAUUAUUUUGCAGUGAGCAAAUGGGACUGAGACUCUUUGUUGAAAAAAUAAAACCAAGAAUCUUUUUUUCAUAACGUUUGACAGAUGUGCUAUUAGGUGUGGUGGAUUGGGCUUGGCUGUCUUUUCCUUUUCUAAUUAUAUCUGAUAUAAGAACCGUUUUUAGUCUUAAGGUCCAGCCAACACAAGACAUUUUCCUGAGACUUCUGUUGCUGCAUAAGUGGUGAAACUACAAGCAUUGGGGGGAUGGGGGACGGGACUGUGUGGUAGACACAGGGCAUCCAAAGGAUAUCAUAGUAUACACUUUGAACUGGAGUCUUAAGCAUGUGUACCACAGAGGAGUUUGCACAGCUCUCUCCCUCAAGAGCAAGGCAUUCCUUUUUACACAUCCUUGCUAAGAAGCUGGGAAAAGAAAUACUUCACCAUUCCUAAAGUGUUGUCUCAGUAUGUCUUCCAUUGUUCCUCCUUUUUCAAUGGUCAUAUUUAUGGGAUCUCAAAUUCCCCACUGCCCCAGGUGGGUAAUGUGCAAUUCCUCAACCUUGCCCCCAAAAGUGAAGAUGACCAACACAGAAGAUGAAGUAUACCUCAAUCCCACUGAAAUAAUUUAAGCUUGUGUGUGUUUUAACCUUAUUGAUUUCAACAGCUGUGCUUUUCACGCAGCUCAUAGUUACCCUACGCAAUUCACCACCGUAAGGCAUAGCAACUGUAAUUUAGACAAAUGCAUGGACAAUAAGGCAAGCAGUAGCUACUGGUCAUGGUGGCAGUGUACCACUUCCAGUAUCAACGUAAUCAUGCCUGUGAAUGCCAGUUGCUGGGAAUCACAAGUGGGACAAGUACAGUUGUGCUUCUGUCCUGCUUUUAGGUUUUUCAUAGGUACCUGAUUGGCCAUUGUGAGAACAGGAUGCUAGACGCGAUGGGCCCUUUGGUCUGAUCCAGCAGGGCUUUCUUAUGGGCUCCAUUGGGGAUGAAGGGCAGGGUAUAAAUACACAUAAUUUCCCUGUGUGUGGUUGGGGAUAGAUUGAAUCACAACCCACACCCUGCAUUGUAAGUUCACUGCCAAAAGCCAGGUCUGGAUAGGGAUAGGUGAUGAUGUCACUUCCAGCUGGCAAAAGCCUGGGCCCAUCUUUCUCUUUUGUGUUCACAGCUAUAGAAUGCUUUGGUUUCUUGCCAGGGCUGGCAAUACAGGGCCAGGAGGACACUAAUGCUGCACUUACUACCUUCUCUUGGCAGACACUAUCAGACUGUUGUUCUAAUUGUCAUUUCUAUUACUGUGCCAGAUCCCUGGGGGCUGUUCAGCUGUUCAGCUUGUAAUAGCACAAAUGGAAUACAUGUAAAUCAUACUUCUAAACAUUUUUUCGGGGGGGGGGGGGAGCUGUGCUUAAUUUCAUAAUUUGCCUAAAUAAAACUUCCCAUUACAAAGUAAACAAAAAUAACCUAAGUUUAUCUAUGAAAACACCUUAGCAACCUGUUUUUAUUGCAAUCAGGCUUCUUAAAUGAACAAUUUUUAUUCUAAACAAUCAUCAGUUUAGAAGGGCUCUGGUCCAGAGAACUUUAUAGAGGAAAAAUAUCUGCUAAUGCACAAUCCAGCAAUGCCUGGUGCCCACCAAACAUUUUAGACUAUAACCCCCAUCCACCCCUUUCAGGCACAGCAGUUAUUGUCCAAAACAUCUGGAAGUUGGGAAAGGCUGCAGCAUAAAUUUUGUGCGCUCAUGAAUGCCAGGGAUCUGAUACCCAAUUUACUAACAAUGCAAUAUCUGUGUAAUACUGCCAACAUUAUGCCUACAGAUAUAAGCCCUAGUUUAGAAAACUAUUUUAAAAUGUUUAUGUAGCUUGUAUCCCGUCUUCUUAACCUUUUUUUCAAGGAUCUGCGUUGAAGAUCAUCUAUACAUGCUGAGUAAACAAAGAAACUUGCAAAAUAUUCCAUUAGUUGCUAUCACCUGUUCUAAAGAGGUCAUUGAUGAUUUUCUGGAUGGCAGAUGACAGGAUGUUCUGCAUGCCAAAACACCCUCCUAGUACUGUAUAUUCAAAUAUGAACAUAUUAUUGCAUACUGUUGCUCCUUUAAGCAGGGGAGGUGUGGGCAGGGGGCUCAAGCCCCAGGCGGUAGGCCCCUUGAUUGCUGGCGCUUUUUAAACUUAAUUUUUACUUUGCUUACAGGGCAGCUGAGCACACUGCAAAGUACACUGCUUUAGCUCUUUUACGGUAGUAACUACACUGCUUUAGUUCUUUUACGGUAGUAACUAGCACCACUCCUGGCUUUCAAGCAGUCAUCCAUUUCUUGCAUUUAGGUUUUCCUACAUUUUCACUGCAAAUAGAUACUAUGUUACCCCUAAAGACUAAGCAAAUGUCCUGAAAUGGAGUGGGGGGGGCAGUAUUUCCUUUCUUACUGUAGUUCUGUGCUUUUGUACAAAGCAGGAAUGUUGUGCAGGGUGCAGAGGAAAAUCCAUUCCAUUGUUGCUCCUUGAAGGAGGCUGACAUUGUGGUUUGUCCCUAGAGUGAUGCUGUUUCUUUGUUGGGCUUGACACAGGGGACUUGUGGCUUACAGCUAUCCUGUAUAAAUACUUCCAAUCUCUGAGGGAGUAAACAUAUGCUUUUGGAUAUUUUAUGCAUAUCUGCAACAAAUGCAAAAUGUCUCAAUGGCUGCUUGAAUAAUUUGAUAUCCAAUUAAAUGAUGUGCUGUGCUAAUAAUAAUGUCUAGAUAAAUGAUCAGCUAUCAGAUAGCUUCUGUAGUAGCAGUCACUCAGGAUGCAACAGUAAUUUAAGCUACCCUAUAGCAUUAAGUAUUUUCAUGGAAACGUUAAAACACUUAUGUUUUCACCAAUUUAAACGAAACAGCAUAAUCCAACCUUUCUUUUACCACCACCCCUUAAUGUAUUAAUUCAUUAUUGUAUUAUGCCAAAAUUAUUUUUGGCCUCUGGGUACUGCAAAAAGUUGAGCUAGCAUUAGCAGGUUGGAGACGCAAGAUCUGUUCUUUGCCCUGUGUACAACUAUAUAUCUGAGUGCAGUGUGGAUGCAAUGAGUAGGUUGCAUAUGUGCCAUUGUUCCAUAUCAUAACAUUCCAGUUUGAAGAACCUUCUAUAUGACUGCUUGAAUUAUGAAGGAUAUGAGAUGCAGUGUGCACACAGCCCAGAAUUAUUUCUGGACAUGAAACUUCAAUCAUGAAAAGGGAAGGUUGAACAGGUGUGCAAUGCAACAUCCACUCAACUAUCUUCCAUAAAAAAUGUUACACAUACUUAACAUUCCAGGUAUUUCUCUGGUUAGCAAGCUUAAGGCAUCACACUGGUGUCUACAAAAUUGGGAUAGAAAAUACUAUUUAAAGAAUACAGACUUUGCAAAACUUGGGACUUUUUGCAAGAACUGCUAUGCUACACUGGUUUAUUUUGUAAAUUAGGGCACUACUGAGUCCUCACUGUUAAAUAUUUAUGGAGCAAAGAACAGUAACUUUGGGAGAGAACGUGGGCUGAUCAAUAGUGUACUGCCUGAUGAUGUAACAGAUAUUUAUUGCCCAGAAUCUUAGUUCAUUGUCAAAUGUGGUAUAAUCUGAAAGCACAAUUUCAGUGCACAUUACAAUACCAGGAACACUAUUAUUAUUAUUAUUUUGUAUAGAAUACAGUCUUUUGAAAUUACUUGUCUUGAUUUUAUUUAGGUACAGUACCUUGUUGGGGAAGACAUUUUUAGGAGAAAAUGCUGAUGUGGGAAUGGUGUACUUUGUCAGCAAAAUGGUUGUGCUUACCAAUAACAAACUUUUACUUACAGAAGAGGAUACUGUCAGUCACUAUGCUUCCCUUAAGUGACUUGUAAUUUUUUUAGAAUACACUCUGCAUUUAAUUUUGUGGAUUUCUAAAACACUAGAUUUUAGUUUAAUCCGAAGAACUGAAGUGGGUGACAACAGGCUUCAUAUUAAGGGGAUGGAAAGUAGUAGGGUCCUACAUGCCCAUUUAAUACUGCAUUCAUUUAUACAGGAAAAAACAAAACAAGAGACUUGCAAUGAGUAUUCUUCCAACCAAGAGAGAUGCUCUGCAGUUUGCAUGUACAUGUACCUGAUGUUAAUCAACUGGAGAGCUCAGUAUUCCUGCAAAAUAUCUUGCUGUGCCUGCCACAGUUCAAGUAACCAAGGCAUUUGUGCUGCCAUGUUUUGUACUGUUUUACCUUGGAAAUGGCAGCUUACUGCUUGGUCCUUUUCCUGACCAGGUGUCUUGCCUUUUUCAUAGAAUUUUUUGGGUACCACUUUUCUGGUAGCCACUGAUUCAAGCUUCAUAUUAACUAUCUGUGUUGGUCAUACUGCAAUUGCUUUUGUGUUCCAGCUUACUAUACUUCCAUAUGUGUAAUUAAGGCCUAAUUAUUUCAUUGAUUGUAUUUUCAAAAAGGUACCAUUUCACCAUCUGGUUUUACAGUAGGGAGCAUAAGAAAUGGACUUGUUAGGUUUCACAGAACAGAACUGCUACCCCUCCAAACCUCCAUAUAAUCAUCUUUGUACAAAUUCCAUAUUCAGCUUUUUGAUUAUUGCAGGUUUUAUUUUGUUGACCCUUUUGAAUGUUUUUGACUUCAUUAUCUCAGGUUUGUUCAUUUAAAAAUGUGUAUGUUCAUGCUUGUUGCAGCCUUAAGCAUGGAAAUGUUUUAC